GUUAGUAACAAGGUUGUUAAGUGAAUUUGGCUUCCCCAUUGACUUGGCUUGUCAAAAGGUCGCAAAAGAUGAUCACAUGAUCCCAAGAUCCUGCAAUCUUCAUAUAUGCCAAUUGCCCCAAUUUUGAUCACAUGAUGACGGGGUGCUGCAACUGUCGUGUGAAAAAUAGUCAUGUAACUUUCAGUGCCUUUGUAACUUUAAACCGUCACUAAACUAUAUACGUCGAGGACAGUAGAGUGAAUGUACAGUCACACUAAGAAAAACAAAGAUAAGCAGAGGGUUUCAGUUCCUUACUUCGCUGAAUACAACCGAGAGCCACGUUGCUUCUGAAAACAUUAACUAAAACCGUUUAUUUGCGAUGCCCUCAGAGGUAUGGCCUCACAGCUGCAGGUGUUUUCACCUCCAUCAGUAUCUUCGAGUGCCUUUUGCAGUGCCAAGAAACUGAAAGUGGAGCCCUCUAGCUGGGAUGCUUCAGGACAGAGUAACAGUGACGAGUAUUACAGUCACAGCAAAAAUCUCUCUGGUGCUCAAGGGCCAGCAAGCUCUUCUCACCAGGUAGCAAACUUCAGUAUCCCUGCUUAUGAUCAGAACCUCCUCCUCCCUGCUCCUUCAGUUGAGCACAUUGUGGUUACAGCAGCAGACAGUACAGGCAGUGGCGGAACAACAUCCUUUCAAAACAGCCAAGCCCUAACACACAGGGCUAACAUUGCUUUACUGGAACCGUAUCAAAAAUGUGGCUUAAAAAGGAAAAGUGAAGAAGUUGACAGCAACGGUAGCGUGCAAAUAAUUGAGGAACAUCCACCUCUCAUGCUGCAAAACAGACCUACGGUGGGUGCUGCGGCCACUACCACCACUGUAACAACCAAAAGCAGUAGUUCCAGUGGCGAAGGUGAUUACCAGCUAGUCCAGCAUGAAAUUCUUUGUUCUAUGACAAAUAGCUAUGAAGUCUUGGAGUUCUUGGGCCGAGGAACUUUUGGACAGGUGGCAAAAUGCUGGAAGCGCAGCACAAAGGAAAUUGUUGCUAUCAAAAUUUUGAAAAAUCACCCUUCUUAUGCCAGGCAAGGUCAAAUUGAAGUAAGCAUCCUUUCUCGACUGAGUAGUGAGAAUGCUGAUGAAUAUAACUUUGUCCGUUCAUAUGAGUGUUUUCAACACAAAAACCACACAUGCCUGGUGUUUGAGAUGCUGGAGCAAAAUUUGUAUGACUUCUUAAAACAAAAUAAGUUUAGCCCUCUGCCUCUGAAAUACAUUCGACCAAUAUUGCAACAAGUGGCCACUGCUUUGAUGAAACUGAAAAGCUUAGGUCUAAUACAUGCUGACCUAAAGCCUGAAAAUAUCAUGUUGGUGGAUCCUGUGCGCCAGCCAUAUAGGGUCAAGGUCAUAGACUUUGGCUCUGCUAGUCAUGUCUCAAAAGCUGUGUGCUCCACCUAUUUGCAGUCACGAUACUAUAGGUAAGUAUCAGUUUUCUAUGUUCAACCAUGCCUUUUGUAUCAAAUCUUGAAUCAAUAGAAAGCUUUAAUUCAACUCACUGAAUUAAAGUGUGAACUGGGUCACCGUAUCAUAGAACAGCUCAAAUUAAUUUGACUGAUUGCAUGCCCACUAUGUCAAAAAAAAAAGAAGAAAUAUUGACUUAGAUAAUCCAUUACAGACAUAUUUAUAGACAAAGUUAUAGGAAUUUCCUUCUGGUUCCUAUUUGAUGUUCUGUUACUUCUUUGUUAUGGUUUGAGGAACCUGAAGGACGGUUUCCCCAUAACUUAAGCUCUCCAGAGAAAGAUCAUCCUUUUGUUCCUUAACCUGACUAAAUUUAAUUAUAUGAACUAGUCAGAUCAGCUUAUCUAUGGUAGUGCAACAUCUGUAGAACGGCCUCUUCGUUUCUGUGCCAAGUUUAAACUACAUUUUGUUUCAUUUUUCAGUUCAGCAACAUGUAAAACUUAUUGACAGGGGCAUUUUAAGUUGUCAUACUAGAUUAUUUAUUGUAUAUAUGCAUUUUCAAUUCUAGUAAUUGUAAGUUUAUAUCUGCCUUUGUGCUGUAACAUAUUUUGCUUUUCAUGUCACCUGAUGGCAAAAGAAAAAGUAGUGAUUUUUUUUUAAAAAAUAGGCUAGUUUUCUUGAACUUGGAUUUGAAUAUUAGCUUUAGAAACCAUGGAUUAAUUGAAUCUUACACAAUCUGGUAUUUUAGAUUAUAGCUGUCAUCAUCUAGUACAGCAUGCGAGCUGGGAAUUAUGAUAGUUAUAAUCCCAUUCAUAUAGAGAACAUUAGCACAUCAGAUGCUAACAUGUGGUAUCUGAAUUUUCAUUGUUGAAAUUAUAAUAUUUGUGCUAAGCACAGCAUUAAUAGGUAAUUGCAAUAAGUAAAUACUCAGUAGAACCCAAUUUGCUUUAUUCAGGAAAAUGAUUAUCUAUUUUUUAAAACAACUUUUUUCCUUAUAUGCAUUCACUUCAUAAUUGCCCAUGAGUGCCCCUGAUUUUGAAAUCAUGCUAUUGUCAGCAAUCCUCCUUAUUAUAUUUAUUACACUACUUCAUGGCAUGUAGUCAUUUCAGGCCUUAUCAAAGAAGACGCAGUUAUCCUUUCAAAGCUAAAAAUAGGAAAUUGACCAUACAUAAUAUAAACUAAAAGUUUAUCAAAUCAUAUUCCCCCUUCAGUUGAGGGUGUUACAGUCUCAAAUAUUUUGGGUUAGUGAGCACAUUAUUAAUGUUUCUACAAAAUGUCCCUGGGUGACCAAUUAGAAAACAAAACAGAGAGAAAAUCUAGCAAUUCUUGCCACAGUUGCCUUAUCAAAGACUAUCUUAUGACUGAAAAGUUGGGGGAUUUCUAAACAGAUCAUUGGAUUCCAAUCCCAAGCCAUUCCUCUAGGUACACUUAAUCCUAGAAACUGACACCAUGCUUUAUAUUUAUUAGUGUUAUUACUACUAUUAAUGUUAUUAAAGUCUGGUAGGAUUGAUAAUCUUAGAAGAGAUUGUGGUCACAAUCUACACAUGAAUUAAAAUACUAAUUUCUGUUCUAAUUCUUGUGAAAUUUGAGCUUCAUAAAACUGCCUUUUUAAUAAAGAAAAUUUUUUCAAUUACAGUAGAAUAUUGAAGCGCCAUUGUUCUAAUUUAAAUCUUAGUUUAAUAGCUCAAAAUAUUCUGAGAUGAGGUACAACAAAUUACUAUCAGCUCCUUUUUUUCUGCCAUUUAUUGUUGGUAGGGUUGACAACCUAUUUCCUUGUCUAUGUAUGCAAGAAGUGAGGAUGUGGCAAAAAAGUAAUCGGAGGUGUACCCUGCAUCUAUGCGUACUUCCCUGGCCAAAUUAUAGAUCUGUCAGUCCUGGAAUAAUAAAAAGUGUGUUAUAUUUUUCUAAUACAUUGGAGAACACAAUAUGAAAAAGUGGUGAAACACUAGUACAAUUGUUUCCUAUUUAUAACCACAGCUUCACAAAGUAAGAAACAGCUGUUCUAGGAAAGAGCAACUAUGCAAGUAUUAAAUCUAUUGGAUAAAAAGAUUCCAAUAUUGGAUCGGCAUAACUGCUAAUUAUUUGAAAUGUGAUUUUUGUUCCCACAUAUAAAACUGAUCAGUAAUCAACAGAAACAUAUACUGCAUCCUAUAUGCUAAGCGAACAUUAUCUAAAUAAUGUGUUUUUGCAGUCAAUUCUUUCUUGGCAUAAUUAUGUUCCAAAAUUGAAAAUUUGGAGUCCUUUUCAAAUAAUUAAAAAUCUGCAUAUCACAGCAAGCCACAAUUGCUUAAAAUUCUUUACUCGGUUUUUAAAUAGAUUUUACUAGAAAAACCCAGUAAUUUAUCUGAGCUUAAUAAGAAGUUAUCUCAUUUCUUUGAUUUUAUGCUUUCUUAUUUAUUACCUAACAUAUAUGUUCCCAUCAAAAAAAUCUUGAUACUUACUUGUUCCAAUUAGAUAUUUAAUUAUUAUAUAGUUGAGAGUUUGCCAAGCUUUUUUAUUAAAAUAAGAAACAUUGUGACUGAUCCUGUUGGUCAUUGACAGGGAGCAGAUGACAUAACAUAUACUAGUACAGUCAUUUUAGUCUUAUUGGCUUGUCAUCUCUCAUUAUUUGCCUUACUGACAUAGUUCCAAGAGUUUUGGAAGAGUCUGUAGAAAGCACAUGAGUCAUAUGUUCAAAAGGGGAUAAGUCCUAAUUUGUUAAACUUCCUUUCUAACCAUAAUAUAUAACAAAUAUCUAAAGUAGACUGUAAUAUUAGAAAAAAACACCCACUUUUUCUGUUGAAAAAUAUAAGUGUGAUGUAUUGUUUGUGCAUAUCUCUUAAGGACAGGAAAUUACUGGUACUAAAUCUAUUCUGUCACUUCCAUCUUACAGAGUAAUUUGCCUUGAUUUUCUCUAGACUUAUUUCAGACUUACAUAAUGCUAAGAAUAGACAUUGUACCAAAAUAAAUGAAAAUGAUAAGAUCUCUUCACAACCUUGCUAGGGUUUUUAAAUAUUUCAUGAAUCUCAGGUCAGUAUAUUUGACUCCAGCUUUCAGUUGUAUGAAUAUAAGAAUUCCUUUCAUUUUCACAACAGUAAGCUAGAGCAGGGCUUUUCAACCUUUUCACUCAUUGUACCACUUUUAGGAUAUGGCAAUAUCCGCGUACCACCA